AUUUGUAUCAAAAAAAUCAAAAGUUGAAAUUGCGUUCACUUUUAUAUUUUCUCAAUCUCUGCUUUUGAAUAAAGGAGACUCUUCCUUUGCUUUCCUUUUCCUCUCCACUACUUUAUCUCUCCAAUUCAUAAUUUGAAUUUCCAAAACAAAAAUUAAAAAAACGCUCCCAAAAUCAUUAUCUCCAACCCAUUUCUCUUCUCCAGAUAUUUUCAGUUGGUAAAAUGCCAGAGAUUCAAUUGGGUGCUCAUACAUUCAGAACUCAGGGAGUGGAAGUAGCAAGAUUUCACAUGCAUGACUGGAUUAUUCUCUUCCUACUUGUGGUGAUUGAUAUAGGUUUAAAUGUGAUAGAACCGUUUCACCGUUUUGUUGGAUCUGACAUGAUGACAGAUUUGAGAUACCCUUUGAAAGGCAAUACCAUUCCUUUUUGGGCUGUUCCGAUUAUUGCUAUAAUCUUACCUUUACUGGUCGUCCUUGUCUUUUACUUCAUUAGAAGGGAUGUCUACGAUGUGCAUCAAGCUAUGUUAGGAUUGCUGUACUCUGUACUCAUCACGGCAGUUCUUACUGAUGCAAUCAAAGAUGCCGUUGGUCGACCUCGUCCAGACUUUUUUUGGCGGUGUUUCCCUGAUGGAAAAGGGGUGUUUGAUAAAAUCACAAGCAAUGUCAACUGCACUGGCUUGAAAAGUGUUAUCAAAGAAGGACAUAAGAGUUUCCCAAGCGGACAUAGUUCUUGGUCUUUUGCUGGUCUUGGCUUCCUUGCUUGGUACCUGUCUGGAAAAAUCAAGGCAUUUGAUCGAAGCGGCCAUGUUGCUAAGCUCUGCCUUGUUUUCCUGCCCUUACUGGUUGCGGCAUUAGUUGCAGUUUCCCGAGUUGAUGAUUACUGGCACCAUUGGCAGGAUGUAUUUGCUGGAGGUCUCCUAGGAUUGACUGUUGCUUCAAUUGUGUACUUACAAUUCUUUCCCCCACCAUAUGAUAUAGAUGGUAGGAUGCCCCAUGUGCAUUUACAGAGGCUGGCAGAACAGCAAACUAGUACGCAAUCUAUGUCGAAUAAUCCAGGUCAUCUUACUAUAAGGCAACCCGAAGUUGACAGUAUGUAUGCUGAACCUCAACAUGGCAUUGCCAUAUCAGAACACAGUGCCCGUGAGACCAGACCAAUCUUUGAUGAAGACGUUGAAAAUGGAAGAUGGAGGCAUUGAUGUCACGUUUCACGCAUUAACUGUAUAGAUCAGAAUAGGUAUGCUGCACUCUGUUAGUUUCGUAGGGUGAGUUGCUUCUCGUCGAAUAGGUAGAUUCUUUCAGGGGUUCCUUGUUUUCCACUGCUGCGAACUUCUUCUACCCUUGUAAUUUUACAUUUUGCUUCAUAGAUUUGACUUCAAGAACUCGACGUGCUAACCACUACCUAGUCCUCAAGUAAUUUCCGUGAUUUCUUUCGUUAAUAGACAAGAUAAAUGUGAUACAUAGACAUGACAUUGAGAUAAACUCUGGUGGCCUAUGGUUAUGAGCAUUGGUUUAAGGGAUA